AUGGCCCCUACCAAAGAUGUCCUACGUACGCUGACGCCGUCCUCUACUACGUCCACGCCUACCACCACCACGCCUAACACCACCACGCCUAACACCACCGCCUCCUCGACCUCCACCGCCACCACGGCUCCAGCGUCUCGUCCCAGUCCGACUACUGCCUCCAAGGCAGCAGCGCCCCGCGUGAUGCCUGUGCUGAAGCCAGGCCCAGAGUCCACUCCUGAUGGCCAGCAGUGCUCCAACUGUGGAACCACCAAGACGCCACUCUGGAGAAGAGCUCCCGAUGGAACCCUCAUCUGCAACGCCUGUGGCCUCUACCUCCGCUCCAACAACACCCACCGUCCCGUCAACUUGAAAAGACCUCCCAACACCAUUCCCAUGACCAAGAACGAGGAAGGCUCAUGCAAGGGCGAUGGCAGGUGCAACGGCACAGGUGGCAGUGCUGCUUGCAAGGGCUGCCCCGCCUACAACAACAGGGUGGUAAUGACCAAGCGUGACAAGUUGGUGUCACCCAAAGACGACGCUGGCUCUCCAGACACCUCGGGUCAGUACCUGCAUGAAGACGACAGCGACCUCGGGGUGAAACGUCCCGCAGAAGACACAGACUCGGCCGACCUCGACUCCGACUCGUUGGUGGUGGCCUGCUUCAACUGCGGCACCACCAUCACGCCUUUGUGGCGUCGAGAUGACGCUGGAAACACUAUCUGCAACGCCUGUGGCCUCUACUACCGACUCCACGGCUCCCACAGACCCAUUAAGAUGAAGCGUACCACCAUCAAGCGGAGAAAGAGAAACAUGCCUGCCACCAAGCUCUCGUCACCCUCGGCCCAAACCCCGCCAAACCAGCCCAACUCCCAGGCCACCUCGCCAUCGCCAGUCCCAAAAGUACAGCCCAAGAAGGAGGACGUGCUGCCGCGCCUUGUGCAAACAGCGUCUACCCAGCCAGUCUCGUUCGGCUCGCCUCUUGCUCAAAGCCACCUUCCCCCCAUCGCACACCCCAACCCAUACUUUGCACUAAGAAAUACCCCAGCAUCCUUCCCAUUCCCUCCUCGAGCAUAUUCUCCGUCAUACUACCCGCCAUACUCCGGCGGGGGAAGAAUCCCCAACGGCCCUGGCCCCGUACCAGGACCCCCUCCUCCUCCUGCUCCUGUGGCUGCACGGUACCCCUACUACCCUCCAUACAAUGAGUUCGGUGGAGACAUCAAGUUGCCCCUGUUGAAGAUCAGUCCGGCCCAGGGGCACCAGUCCCCUCCUAGAGACGUCUCUCCGCCUCAGGAGUCUCUCAAGCAGCCACUGACUCAACCAGUCACACCAGCUCCAGUUUCCGAAACGAAAGAGCCAUCCGUGGAGCCCGAUUCCGAAAAGAAAAUCCCUGAAAAGAAGUGCAAGUGUUGUCUGAAGGCUCGUCCUGCUCCCAUGGCCAUUGACUUCACGGCCUCUUUCAGUAAAUCCACUACUCCUACGGACAAAUACUCCGAUGACGAGGACAAGCCCCGCCAUGCACUUUCCAUUGGUGGUCUUCUCAACGGAUAA